AAGCUGACAAACUCAUAUUGGUCUGGACUCAGCGGAGUCACCCAGCAGUGUUCCAGGAUAUCAACAAUGGACUGUACAUCAGCCUCAUCUCUUUUGAUCCAGGGCAGUUGUAAGUCCGGGUAAUUGAGCUGAGAAUCGCCUCGACCCACCAUCUCCCUCAGUUGCCUCAGGUCACAGUUUGGUGAUGGGUUUCUGGCAGCCGCUGACACACCUGAGAUACUACAUAUCCCAGAAUCCUCCAGGAGUGGCCUUCUUCCUAUGUCUGCUGAUUCUGGCUGUCUCAUUCAUUGGACUCAGUUCUUAUGUCCACACUCACCCCCAGCCUAAUCCUGAUUCAACAAAGGACUGGAACCAUCUCCUGUCAUCCUUAUCACAGUUAAAGCUGUGCAUGAAAGCCAAUUUCAGUUCAGCUGAGCCAGUCGCUUCUCCUCUAACAGAGCAAGAAAUGGGUAAAAUGUCAUCAGUUAACUCUACGAAGGGCUCUCCACCUGUCUCCCACCUGCAUGUGAAGGUUCCCCUGGUUGUGACAUACACUUCAGCCAGUCAUACUCUGAAAGGCCUUGGUUUACACACUAGCUUGGUAGCCAGUCAACUAGGGCUAGCAGGCAACAAGACUUUGAAUUUGACGCUACAAUUACUGUCUGAGUGGAAAGGAAAUAAUUUCACGUGCCUCAGUAUAAGUGCCCCAGCAUACCUCUUACCCCCAACCCCAAUUCCUCCAGAAUGUCCAGUGAGUGAGAAAAUCAUUUCACCUAUCCAUGUGGCAUCAGUGGAAACAAGGAACUACUUGCCUCCUGCAUCACACACCUGCUACAGUUUGCAAUCCAAGCAUGACCCCACACUCACAGUCAUGUUAACACAGGAGCAACGGGACAUGGCAGGUCGACAUUUAUUAGAAGUCAGUGCAUUUCUCCUUGGAUUGUGUCUGAUCUUCUGUUUAUCUCUUGGUCUGACAUACUCAUCGACACGCCGGUACCACGGGAAUGGAUUGGAUAUGCACUGUGAACCUUUGAUCGACUCUUGAAAAAAAUGUUACCCACUGCAUCGUAAAGAAAUCAACUUGGACUGGAAUGGUGGAAAGCUUGUACCUUAAAUGGGAAACUGAAAAAGUCACCUAUAAACACUUGAUUAGACCAGCCAGGCAAGAGACAUAGUUGUGAAAGAUGGAAUACAAUCCCAAACUGGACCACGGUGUGACUGGAGCAAUUCUUCAACUGGCAGUACCUGCACCAUUGACCAGUCCCAAAUCUGGUAGCCAUAAAUUAUUGUACGAAGAUAUAUAGUGGAAGUAACUUUGACUCUGAUUUUGUUUUAGUCUGUAAAAUAGUUGCUCAGGAAUCACAUUUAUGUUAAUGUUGCUUUAAUGGCUUGAAUCCAAACAAUGUUUUUUUCUACUCUGGGAGUAGAAGUAUGAUGUAAUCAUACUAAUGAAUCAUUACAGUUUCAAUUUCUCUUUUAGAUCCAAAGUCUUGACUUAUGCAAUAUUAGUGUUUGUUUUCUUUUACCUGUUUAACUUCUGUACCUCAGACUGAUUGAUCCUCAAAACCAGACCCAUCUGGAAGUUAUCAGAUGUAUCUUCCUAGAUUAAGAUGACAAGACUGCCAGCUAUGGGUGUGAUAAAUAUGAAAUUUAUAGAAACGUUUUCUGUCCUGUCAGUGGUAAUGUCAUGAUCUCAUUGCUCUUCCACUACCCAAGGUGUACUGUGUCAGUAGAGCUAUCUGUUGGUGUCUAACCACCAAGAAAAGCAUGUCGCCAGUGAAUGCAGCACACUUACCUUACCUCCCAGACCAAUUUGCUGCUUGCAGCAGGAUGGAAACGUUAAUAGUAGUUGCAAAGAGAACACCAGGUGCUAAAUGUUGGUCACGUUUGUUUGUGACUGGUGAGUUAUUUUACCUGCCAUUAUUUAGGCCAGCCAUCAUUUUUAAUCUGUUACAUAGGUUUAAAUUGUCUAGCACUGGGAUCCAUGGAAUCCUGUGUCUUAAAAAAAAAAAACACCGGCAAGUGAUAGGAAUUGAUAGGCCUGUUGUUUGUGUAGACCUUGAUGUGUUUAUAUCUUUUGUAUCAAUCAUAUGUCUUCAUUAUUCGGUGUCAAAAAACUAUGAAUCACAGUCCUUGUUAUCUAAACAUGGUGGAUUGUCAUCCAGCAAAUUGGAGGAAGUCAAACAGUAGAAACACAUUAGUGUAAAGGUGCAAAGGAAAUGUGAUGCGCGUGUGUGCGCGCGUGUGCUCCUAAAAAAAUUGUAUUCUUCACCAUUACUCUAAAUUAUACAGAUUUCAUUUUAUGGAUUGUUUUGAUUUCUUUAAAUAUUUGUACAUCUGAUAUGAAUAAAAUAUUUGGACGCAUUUGAA